AUGAUAAAAGAAACAAAGACUAGUAGUUUCAAACUACAAAAAGCAGUAGAAGAUGAUCAAAAGCAGCAGCAGCUGAUUCCAGGCCUGCCAGAUGAGAUUGCCAUGGAGUGCAUGGUGAGAGUGCCUUACCAAUUCCAUUCCAAUAUGAAAUCAGUUUGCCAUACUUGGCAACACUUGAUGUCCCAUCCUUCCUUCCAUCAACAAAGGCUCAAAUCUGGCACUGCCGAAUAUCUUGUUUGCCUUGUCCAGCCUCUUCCCCCAAUACACGCUUCCAGCACUACCACCGAUGAUGAUGAUGAUCCACUCAAUAGCAACAACAAUAAAACUAUAAAAAACGAAGACAAGCGAGAGCAGCAGCACAUCCACAGCCCACCUCAGUAUGCGCUGAGCAUCUACAAUGCCACGCAUAAUCUCUGGCAGAGGACAAGGCCUACAGAGGGAUCAGGAAUUCCUAUGUUCUGCCAAUGUUUAGCCCUUCCAUCCUCUGGCAAGCUACUUCUCCUAGGUGGUUGGGAUCCCACCACCCUGGAGCCAGUCCCUCAUGUAUACAUCCUGGAUUUAAUUGGAACUACUGGAGCUGCCUGCAAGUGGAGACGCGGUGCUUCAAUGUCAGUGCCACGCUCUUUCUUCGCUUGUGCUGUCAUUGGACCCUCUACAGUGUGCGUCGCAGGAGGCCAUGAUAGUCAGAAGAAUGCGUUGCGAUCGGCAGAGGUCUAUGACGUUGAGACAGAUCAAUGGAAAAUGUUGCCUGAUAUGAUUGAAGAGAGGGAUGAGUGUCAGGGACUGGCUUGGGAGGGGGAUUCCAAGUUUUGGGUUGCGAGUGGAUAUGGCACGGAAAGCCAGGGGCAAUUCAGGUCUGAUGCUGAGUUUUACGAUCUCUAUACUGGGCGUUGGUCUAAGGUUGAUGGGGUUUGGCCUUUUUCGAGUACGAGCCCUAGAGGAGCCACGACUACAAUAUGUGUCAACAGGAGGGACAAACACCAAUGGUUGUGGUUCUUGGGAAGCGAACAACAGUCGCAGCAGCAGCAGCAAAGUAGAGAAGUAGUCAAGGUCGGUGACAACAUUAGAUUGGAAAUAGUCAGCUCAAUUCCACUUCCAAAUUGCAUUACUGGAACAACCCCAUGUGUGACUACUCUUGAUUAUGUUGGCCAAGAAGGGGGAAUCAUAAGAAUAAGCAUCGGCUGUUUGUAA